CGGUUUGAGAUUGAAACGAUUGAAUCCUCCCAAAUUUAUAAGUGAUUUUUAAACUAUGAAAUAAUAGUAUGAUAAAGUAAUAAAAUUCAAUUGGUUUAUGAAGUUCUGAGGAAGCCUUGUCCACCAAUCAACAAUGAAAUUUCGCUUCUGCGGAGAGGGUGACUGCCCGGACUGGGUGCUGGCGGAGAUCCAUUCCAACCUGGCCGUGCUGGGGGUGGAACAGCUUGCCGAGGUGGCCCAACAUGUCGCCAAAUGCAUCGCGGGCGGCGAAGAGGUUCCGGAAGAUAAAGUUCGGGCCAUUUUUGGAAUCACCAAGGGAACGAUGGACUCUCCGAAAGCGGCCUUCGCCUGUAUCCGGUUUCUGCUGGUAAGUGCGGCCCGUUUUAGCACGGAAAGUUCCGUUUUUGGUACGGAACUUCAGCAGCUUGGACUGCCCAAAGAUCACACCACGGUCAUGUGUCGUGUGCUCGAAGAAUACGUGGGUCAAAUCCGGACCAAACUCCGGCAGUCUAGUUUGACCAUAAAUGAGCUGGAAAACGUCACCAGCAGCAUUCCGGAAAACACAAUAGAUUGCGUCCAGCUGCAGUUGGGAAUCAAAAAUGAAAUCAUCAACGGUGUCCCCCAGCGAACGACCCACGCGGUCAACAUAAAUCGUUGCGACGUUCCGGUUCUGUUGAAGGAACUUAAAACUAUUAAGGCCAUUAUGGACGGGUACGAUUACGAAGCCAAACACAGCGAGCUCAAGUGAGAUUGAAUGCGUCCACAAAGGUCCAUCUGGGAGAAUAAAGAUUUGUGGAGUUGAUAAUUGGAAA